AUUGCCUGUUUUGAGUUUUUUGACUAUAGUCUGAUUUACUUUUGCAUGCAUGGUGAAUCAAUUAAAUUGCAGAACAUUCAAACAGCCAGCUUGAACAAAUCUGUUUUGUUGAUUGGGAAAACAUGAUGUCUGUAGGCAAAUCUUUUGCUGUAGGAUCAAGAAGUGGGUAUUGAAAUGAAGAAGCAAAACGCUUAGUGAUAUUUGUGUAAUGGAAUCCGUUCAGGCAAUUCUGUUGUUGAGAAUGGAAGAAGAUAGCUAUUGGGAAGUGCUUCAAGAUAUUGUUUUUGGGUCUUACUUUCGGCAUGUGGUCGCAAUUGUGUUUCACCUGAUCUUUAUCGUCUCUCUCAUCCUUAGCCUUUGCUGGAGAAGGUACAUUUUAUUCUCUGUUUCAAAACCUGAUUUUUCUAAGAACCUGCAAUUUGGGGUUACACACAAAGUGGCCCUGGCUGGUUGUGUUUCUCUAUCAGUUUUGUACACCAUACUAGGCACAUGGAGCCCUCUGUCUUGGUGGCUUGGGGAAAAGCCUAAAGAUUUUGCAGCCGAGGAAGAGUAUAUUGUACAGGCCAUAUCUUGGGCUAUAAUCUCAGCUUAUGCAUAUCACUCCGUCUCUAAAGAAAGUAAAGAGAAGAUCCCACUUUUACUAAGGAUGUGGUGGAGCUUGUCAUUGAUUUUAUAUGUGUUCUUCUUCUUCCUCAAUAUUAAAGAGUUCAAGGUAAGAAAAGGAACUGUUCUCAGUGUAAUGGUGGAAGUUCUGGGUCUUGUAUUUUCAAUAUUUUUGUUUUAUGUCAGUUGUUGUGACAGAAAUCUUGAAGGUUCCUUUGAUCAAACCAUUCAAGAGAUUCAAGAGCCUCUCUUGAAUGAUAUUCCAGCAAAACAUGUAGACUGCAGGCCAAAAGUUACUCCUUAUGCAACAGCAAACUUUUUCAGCCGGCUGACAUUUUCUUGGAUUAAUCCUUUGCUUGCUGUUGGCCAUAAGAAGGCUUUGGGCAUUGAUGAUGUUCCCCAAGUUGCAGAUGUCACAAGGGCUGCCGGAAUAUAUCAUAACUUCAGCAAUCAGCUAGAGGCCGAAGGUCACAGGCAAUCCAUAGCAAGAGUAACAUAUCUUUUUGUUAAAAAGGAUUUGCUUUUUACAGCAUUUCUGAAGGCACUGAAUAGCAUUUCAUUAUAUGUGGGUCCAUAUUUUAUAGAUAGCUUUGUUCAAUGUCUUGCUGGACAGAAACUAUUUGCGAGUGAGGGCAUUGUUCUAGUUUGUGCAUUUCUUCUUGCACAGCUUGUGGCAUCUUUGACAGACCGUUAUUCUCUUUUUGUAACAAACCACAUGAGCAUACGCAUUAGGGCAGCCCUUACAGCCACUAUAUACAGGAAGGGUCUGAUGCUUUCCAGUCAAUCAAGACAUAAGCAUAUGAGUGGUGAAAUAAUUAAUUACAUGAGUGUUGAUGCUCAGCGUAUUGGGGUUUUCUGUUGGUAUGUGCAUGACAUUUGGAUGGUACCUUUUGAAGUUGUUUUGUCCAUGAUUAUUCUAUAUCAGAGUUUGGGAUUGGCAUCACUUGCAGCAUUGGCUGCCACAGUGGUAGUUAUGAUAGCAAAUUUCCCUCUAGGAAAAAUCCAAAAGAAAAAUAACAAGAAGAUCAUGGAAGCAAAAGAUGAAAGAAUGAAGGCUACAUCAGAGACGUUAAGAAAUAUGAAAAUCUUAAAAUUGCAGGCGUGGGAGACCAAAUUUCUACAGAGGCUACAAAGUUUAAGGAAGGAAGAAUGCAAUUGGCUGAAAAAAUUUGUCUACACAGCAGCUGUGACAAGUUUUACAUUUUAUGCAGCACCAACAGUUGUAUCUGUGGUCACUUUUGGUACUUGUGUGUUGAUGGAAGUGCCUUUAACAGCAGGUCGAAUUCUAUCUGCACUUGCAACUUUCAGGAUGCUGGCGGGUCCAAUAUACGCUCUUCCUGACUUAAUCAAUGUGAUUGCUCAAACAAAAGUGUCAUUAGAGCGCGUUACUUCUUUUCUGCAGCAGGAAGAGGUGCAACAAGAUGCUGUAGAAAAGGUGUCGAAAGAAACAACUGACAUGGCAAUCGAGAUCAAGGAAGGGGUAUUCUCUUGGGAUCCUUCUUCUUCUUCUCCAACCAUAAGAGGCUUAAAUGUCAAGAUAGAAAGAGGCAUGAGAGUCGCUGUUUGUGGAACUGUUGGGUCUGGAAAAUCAAGUCUCCUAUCAUGCAUGCUGGGGGAAAUACCUAAAAUUUCUGGUACUCUCAGGAUAAGUGGUACCAAGGCAUAUGUUCCCCAGUCUCCAUGGAUACAAAGUGGAAAAGUUGAAGAUAAUAUUUUAUUUGGAAGGGAAAAAGACAAAACUAUGUAUGAGAUUGUGCUGCAGGCUUGCGCAUUGGAGAAAGAUCUGGAAUUGUUGCCGAAUGGGGACCAAACACAAAUUGGAGAAAGAGGAAUAAAUCUGAGUGGUGGGCAAAAACAAAGGAUGCAGAUUGCACGGGCUUUAUAUCAAGAUGCAGAUAUCUAUCUUUUUGAUGACCCAUUUAGUGCCGUUGAUGCACAUACUGGGACACAUAUUUUCCAACAAUGUCUACUUGGUAUUCUGGGUUCAAAAACUGUAGUCUAUGUAACUCACCAAAUGGAGUUUUUAUUUGCAGCUGAUCUCAUUCUGGUAAUGAGAGAUGGUGAGAUUACUCAAUCUGGAAAGUAUGAUGAUAUUUUAAAGUCAAGCUCAGAUUUUGAGGAUCUAGUUGGUGCACAUCAGAAAGCAAUGAAAUCCAUUGAUGCUAUGGAGAAAUCUGAGACCCUGUCAUCAAAUGCAUUUGUUGAAGAAUUUUCAUCUGACAAUACAGCUAGUGAGAAAAAUGUAAACCAUAAACAGCUCCAGAAGCAGGGUAUUGCGCAGAACACACAAGAGCUAGAGGAAGAGAACGAAUCAGAAAAUCACAAGUCAAAAGAAAAAGAAGAACAACGUUUACAGCUUGUGCAAGAAGAAGAAAGAGAGAGUGGCAGGGUAAGUGGGUGGGUGUACUGGUCUUAUAUCACUGCUGCAUACAGUGGUGCUUUAGUGCCUAUCAUCUUAUUGGCACAAAUAUCAUUUCACAUAUUUCAAAUAAGUAGCAAUUAUUGGAUGGCAUGGGCAACACCUACAACAAAAGAUCAGACGUCCCUUGUUAGCUACUACCGCCUAAUUGUGGUUUACAUUUCUUUAGCAAUAGCAAGUGCCUUGUGCAUUCUUGUGAGGUCCAGUGUUACUUCCCUAGCUGGAUUAAAAAGUGCCAAUCGUCUUUUCAAUAAUAUGCACAGGUGCAUGUUUCAUGCACCAAUGUCCUUCUUUGAUGCAACUCCGACUGGGCGUAUCUUGAAUCGGGCAUCAACCGAUCAGACUUUAGUGGACCAGCUCAUUCCUUUUCAACUAGGAGCUUUAACUUUUUCAGUUCUGCAGCUUUUGGGGAUUAUAGUAGUCAUUUCUCAAGUUGUAUGGCAGAGUUUUAUUAUGUUUCUGCCUGUGCUUGCAAUUUGUAUAUGGUAUCAGCAAUAUUACAUAGUGACUUCUAGGGAACUCUCUCGGUUGAUUGGAAUUUGUAAAGCUCCAAUCAUACAACAUUUUGCAGAAUCAAUCUCUGGAGUAUCCACGAUCAGAAGUUUUGACCAGGAGUCUCGAUUUAUGAAUACAAAUCUUGAAAUGAUUGAUGGAUAUUCCAGACCCAGCUUCCAUUUCAGUGGGGCUGCAGAGUGGCUUGGCUUUCGGCUUGAUCUUUUGUCAAAUCUUAUGUUUGGAUUCUCUAUGGUGUUACUAUUUUGGUUGCCAGAGGGUUUAAUUAAUCCAAGCAUCGCAGGGUUGGCAAUAACAUAUGGUUUCAAUCUGAAUUCGACACAAUCCUGGGUGAUAUGGAAUUUUUGUGAAAUGGAGAACAAAAUGAUUUCUGUAGAGAGAAUCUUCCAGUAUUCAUCAAUGCCUAGUGAGGCUCCACUGGUUAUAGAGAAGUCUAGACCAAGCUCUGACUGGCCAUCCAGAGGAACAAUAAGUAUAAUUGAUCUACAGGUGAAUUAUGCACCACAGCUUCCACUUGUAUUAAAAGGACUUACAUGCACUUUCCCUGGAGGGAAGAAGGUGGGAAUUGUAGGACGGACAGGCAGUGGAAAAUCUACUCUUAUUCAAUCACUAUUUCGAAUCGUAGAGCCAGCACAAGGCAGAAUAGUCAUCGAUGGAAUUGACAUUUCAACAAUAGGUUUGCAUGAUCUGAGAUCCAAACUAAGCGUUAUUCCACAAGAACCAACAAUGUUUGAGGGUACCAUAAGGACUAAUCUAGAUCCUUUGGGUGACUAUUCAGAUGCACAGAUUUGGGAGGCUUUGGAAAAGUGCCAGCUUGGAGAAGUUGUCAGAGAAAAACCAGGAAAGCUUGAUUCUCUUGUAAAUGAAAAUGGAGAGAAUUGGAGUGUGGGGCAAAGGCAGCUUGUCUGCCUGGGAAGAGUACUACUCAAACGAAGCCGCAUACUGGUCCUUGAUGAAGCAACAGCGUCAGUGGACACCGCAACCGAUUGGAUUAUUCAGCAAACCAUUAACAACCAGUUUUCUGGGUGCACCGUCAUCACCAUAGCACAUCGAAUUCCAUCUGUCUGUGACAGUGAUUUGGUUCUAGUAUUGAGUGAUGGAAAAAUUGCUGAAUAUGACACUCCGACAAAACUACUUGAAGACAAAUCUUCACAAUUUGCAAGGCUUGUUUCAGAGUACUCCCUCAGAUCACCUAAUCUGUAAGGAAGCAUUCAUCUCUGAUCGAUCAGAUGCAGAGCAAUCAAGUUUUCUUGCUUUGAGACCAUGUGUUACAAUCCACAUGUGCUUCUAAAUAGGAUGAGCACUUUGAUCUAAACCCUAGAAUCCCCAACUAAAAUACAUGGAGAUGACCAUGGUAGAAGAAACUCUCUUGAAAUAAUUCGAUAGGCAGCGCUCAAUAUGUUCUUGAUAUAUUCAUAUUCUUUGAAAUAAAUUUUCAGAUUAAGAUGUUGAGCCUGUUCUUACCAGCCAAACUCAGAGAUAUAGAACAAGCCAACCAAAACAAUGUGUGUUUUAAGGUGGGCUAAACUUCACUUUUUUAAUGAUUUCUGCAUCUUGUGAGUUCAGUACUGUGAAGGCAAGUUUAGUUCAUUCAGGAGGCAAAUGUUUGAAUCCAACUGUGGCACUUGCAGAACGAACAGGAUAUGCACCAUAGUCCAUACAAGCAUCCUAUCCCCUUUUUUCUACUUUUUAUGUUAGCCUUUCUUAAAGUUCUUUUGAUAUAGGGAAAACAUAUAUAU